AUGUCGACCAUUACAGGAGAACGAGCACUCUGUAUGUUAUUUUACAAACCAUACACCGAAGAAAAUGUAAACAGUCUAGCCGAAUACCUGAGAAAGGAAGAUUUAGAAAUAUGCUACACAGACGAACCCACUGAACCCGUUUUAGUACAUUCCUUAUCAAUAACCCACAAUCCUUUUCGCUACCGCACUUAUGUCUGUAAAAAGACACUUGAACCAACAAAAGAUAAUGAAAAAACGUGCAUUUUAAACUCAGCCCAAAUCAUACUACUGCUAAACACAGUAUAUUUACCUCAUGAUCCUGAAAAUAGCGAUCUAUAUGAAAACAAAGUUGUGGCUAUGAAAGAAAUUUACUGCACAGCUUUAAAGUAUUCUGAUGAAUUGGAUGCCAAAAACUUAAAUUCCUUUAUGAAAUGGUGCUCGUAUAGAAAGCUUGACUUUUUGCAAGUGGAAACGAAAAGAAAGAUUGAUGAAGUUGAUGACAAAAAAACGACAAGGACAAGAUCUCUAUAUGCGUUAAAAGAUGACUAUCUUGGUAAGGACCCUUCAAAAUACUUAAAUAAGUGGCCACUAAGAUAUAGCUUUGUAGAUGACGUUGCUGAUAAAAUUAACAAUUAUCUACCGUCUUACCAAAGCUAUAUAAAGAAGCUUAAAGAGGAAGGCUAUACAAUCAUAGGGUAUAUCAGAAAGUCGCCUGGCAAAGAGCCUGAUGAUAGAAGGCGUCAACUUUUAAAAACGAUGAGCCUGAAUCUUAAAGAAAGAUCCUUAGUAGAUGUGGUUUUUGCUUCUCCCUGUUCCCGAGCUUCUGAUCCAGUGCAAAGUAGGGAUCAAAACCAACAUCCAUUAUUGGACCAGAUUGGUGAAUUAUUUUACAAGGUUUGA